AUGGGGACUGCUGACCCCAAUCUUGCUGUUCAAGCUGCAAAAAUGGUUGUUAAUGAUGUGUCUGCGAUAGAUGUUAAUAGCGGCUGUCCUAAACAUUUUUCAAUCCACUCUGGAAUGGGUGCGGCUCUGUUAAAAACACCCGAUAAACUUGUGAGCAUUCUAACUUCACUUGUUGAUCAAGUUGGAGAUCCUUUCAAUAUCCCCAUCAGUGUAAAAAUUAGAUUGUUGGAAACAGAAGAAAAGACUUUAAGUCUUGUUGAACGUCUAGUUACUACCGGUAUAAAAUGUCUUACCAUUCAUUGCAGAACAACACCAAUGCGUCCUCGAGAACCUUCGAUUCGAACGUCAUUGAAGAAGAUAUCUGACACAUGCCACAAAGCAGGCGUUAUGUGCUUAUUGAAUGGUGAUAUUGAGGGGUUCAAAGAUUUGGAUCAUGUUAUUGAAAAGUAUGGGGUUGAUGGUGCCAUGAUUGCUAGAGCAGCCGAAGCAAAUCCAUCUUGUUUUAACUCAAAAGGUCAGAUCCCUUGGAAUGAAAUAAUAAGGGAAUAUUUUGAAUAUUGCAAAAAAUUUGACAACCAUGUCGUCAAUACAAAGUUUUGUUUAGCUAGAAUGAUUCCUGGGAAAUCUCAGUUGUAUCAAAAGGUUGCUCAAUCUAAAACGAUGGAACAGAUUGAUGAUGCAUUGAAUAACCUUACGGAGGAUGAUAUGAACAAGUUCAUCCAUAUUUUUAAAUCUCCCCUAACAUUACUUGAGGAACAAGUUAAACAAGAGGAGUUAAGGGCAAAAAAUCAAAUGUUAAAAAGAUCGGCUGAAGAUAUUAUAGAACCAAGUAAGCGAGUAAGAUUUAUUUGA